AUGUCGCUGUUAGCUCGUGGACUAAUGAAGCAAAAGCGAAAGGAUAUUGUUGACAAUAAUCAACUACCGUCGUUGUCGGAAUUGGUCGCUGACGAAAACCUCAAACUUGAAAAUGGAAAUCUAACGUCAGUUCCAGAACCGGCACCUGCGGUUUUCGACAACGCUGAUGAGAUAUGGAAGCAAUACCAUCUGUUCAAAGAGUCUCAAUUUACGCUGAUUAAAGUCAACGACAUCCAAGUGUAUUGUCGCUGGCCUAGUAAAUCAACAUCCCCUGUAUACGUCAUGAAUCAUGGAGCAGGCUCUUCUUCAAUGACGUUUGCAAAGGCGACAGAGGAGCUUAUCACCAAAUGUCCCGACGUUGGUGUGGUCGUCUAUGACAUGCGAGGGCAUGGAAUGUCGCCUAACCCAAGUGGAGAUUAUUCAUUAAACACUUUGGUAGCCGACUUUCUGGAUGUCAUUAGUUUUGUGAAAGCUAAUACUAAUAACUCACUAUAUCUUGUGGGUCACCUGCUUGGGGGUGCUGUGGCUGCUAGAUAUGGAGCGACUACGACUGAUCGGCAAUUAAAGGGUUUGGUUUUAUUAGACAUAGUUGAGGAGGUUGCGAUCAAGUCCUUAACCAGUAUGCCACAAUUCGUGCACAAUCGGCCGAAACAUUUCUCCUCUAUCACUCAGGCGAUCCACUGGCAUAUGGAGAACCUCUUACACAACAUUGAGCUGGCGCGCCUCUCGGUACCUGACUUAUUGAUUCCUGACAAGCUUACUUGGAAAACUGACCUCGCUCAUACGCAACCGUAUUGGUCGACAUGGUUCGAAAAUCUAUCUUCGAAUUUUGUCAAUUUCCAAGGCCCCAAAUUGCUAGUACUCUCAACACAUGAAACCCUCGACAAGCAAUUAAUGAUUGGCCAGAUGCAAGGUAAAUUUCAGAUGGUUGCUUUUAAUAAUUCCAAUGAAACUGGUCACUUUGUGCAUGAGGAUCUUCCGAGACACAUUGCAGCAACGCUCUUGGAUUUUGUUAAGCGGAACGAAAACCCAAGCAAGUUUAUGGAGGAUGAGCUUGGUAUCAAACCAUUGUGGGGCGGAGCCAUACACAAGUGA